AAUGCAUUUACACAUGGCGGCUAAUUUUGUACUUGACCUUAAUAUUUCUAUUUGGAUCGAAGUAUGCGUUAAGACAUGUAGCACAUAUAACAGGCCAACAAUAUUAGUGUCUUGGGAGCAGGGGGCGAUUUAACAGUCUUCAUCGUCUGCCCUACCCAAACUCCGCUCUCGUUCCCCGUCUCUGUCUCGAGGACCCGCGCGCCCACGCCCAGAGAAGGAUCGAAAGAUGGAGCAGCACUCGGAGCUCGUGGUGUUGGCGAAGUUGACCCUGUGGGUGGCCAUGUCCAUGACCUACGUCCGCUUCGCCGCCUGCCGCGUUAAGCCCGGCGUGCCCCGACUCCUCUCCCUCCUCCCCGUGGUCUGCCUUCUUCCUUUCCUCCCCUUCCACUUCUCCUCCCUUCACCUCCGCGGAAUCUCCGCCUUCUUCCUUGCCUGGCUGGCCCUCUUCAAGCUCCUCCUCCUCUGCGUUGACGCCGGCCCUCUUUCCGCACCCCUCCCGUUCCUCCCAUUCCUCGCUUCCGCCGCCCUCCCUGUCAAGCUGAUCGAUCCCCUCCAUCACCACAAACGAAAGAGUCCGUCCAUCUCCCCCCUCCUCCCCGCCGCCGCCAAGGCCGCCCUCCUUUCCGCCGUCAUCCCCUUCUAUCGGUUGAAGGACGUGAUGCACCCCUACUUGCUGCUGAGUGUAUACUGCAUCCACAUGUACCUCGCCCUAGAACUCGUCCUUGCCUGCGCCGCCGGCGCCGCGGCUCUCUUCCUUCCCCGGGGCCUUGCGAUCGAGCCGCAGUUCGACGCUCCCUACCGCGCUGCCUCGCUCCAGGACUUCUGGGGCCGCCGCUGGAACCUCAUGGUCUCCGCCAUCCUCCGGCCCUCCAUCUACCUACCAGUCCGCGCCCGUUUCGGCCGCGCCGCCGGCAUCCUCGCGACCUUCCUUGUGUCCGGCCUCAUGCACGAGGUCAUGUUCUGGUACAUCACCCUCGCGCCGCCCACCGGGGAGGCGACAGCCUUCUUCGUGCUCCACGGGGCGUGCCUGGUGGCGGAGGGGGCCGCGCGGCAGGCCGGGUGGUGGCGGCCCCCGGCGGCGAUGGCGACGCUGCUGACGCUAGGGUUCGUCGUCGCGACGGGGUUCUGGCUCUUCUACCCGCCGAUCCUGAGGAGCCGGGCGGACGAGGUGGUGCUGGCGGAGUGCGCGGCGGCAAUGGCUUUCUUGGAGGACGCCGGUAGGGCGGUGAUCGCUUGGGUCCGUUGACCGCAUCGGAGGAUGGGGUUCACAUGGGGAAGUCGACGCAGCGCAGAGAACAACGGGUAAAUAAAGAAUUACUUCUUCUUCUUCUGACGCUGGCGCGAGCGGCGACGGCUUUAUUUAUUCUGCCCUCAUUCUACUGCGACGAUUUGUAUUAUUUAGCGUUGAUGUGAGCUACCGUUGGGAAAGUAAUUUUAAUUUGUUAUGCAUCAAUUCGAAGGUGUCAGCUUUAGAUUUGAAUACAACCUUAUUUCCCUCA